GAGACGAGCGUUUGGUUAAAUAAAUUGACGAGCAGUCGUGGGAAUUGGCAUUGUAACGGAACUUUAUAAACAGAUCGGACGUUUCAAUUUUUACUACAUUUCACCAAAACAUCAUAUUGUUUAGCUAUAUAUGGAGUAAACAGAUCAAUAAGGCGAAUACAUCAUAAUGGAAGGGUUUGAAUUCAAAAGUGAACCUCUAGAUUCUCAAAUGCAGCUCGGUCAGGAGGUUCGGGAACGACUGUCACAUUGCGCGGAAAUAUCAACGCCGACCCGGACGCACCAAACCACGACAGAAAGCAAGGAGUGUCGCACUAACCAGCCUAACAACUCAUUGACAAACAAUAGCACAACUGCCACCAGUCAGGCUACAUCAAAUAUGACAAAUAAAGACAAUUUAAAAGACAAAGAUAAGGACCCUAAUCAAAAACCACCGUACUCUUAUGUAGCACUUAUUGCAAUGGCUAUCAAGGAAUCGGGUGAAAAACGAUUGACACUGAGUGGCAUCUACCAAUAUAUUCUUAACAAAUUCCCAUACUAUGAGAAAAAUAAGAAAGGAUGGCAGAAUAGUAUACGUCACAAUCUUAGUUUAAACGAAUGUUUUCAAAAGAUUCCGCGUGAGGGGGGAGGUGAGAGAAAGGGUAAUUAUUGGAGCCUGGACCCUGCCUUUGAGGACAUGUUUGAGAAGGGAAACUACAGGCGAAGGAGGAGAAUGAAACGCCCAUAUCGCCCGCCAGUAUCGUUACCCAAACCUCUAUUUGCUGAUUCGUGUGGAUUUGGCCAGUUUGGCCUGACCAAGAACUAUUUCAGCCCAUCAGCGUAUAACUCUUGGCCUCUGAGUCAUCAGACACCGAGCCCACAGUUGAACAUGGGUUCGUACAACUAUAACUCAUGUCAGAGGGUUCCCCCAAUGGGCUCGAUCGCGCCCUACUCACAGUCUCUACAGUCCAUGCAGCUCUCCCCUGGAAUGUACACUCAGAUGGGUGAUAUGGCGCGGGACAUGGGCAUCCAAAGCUCAGGAAUCAAUUAUAACACAAAAUUUAGGCCUGCAAUGUUAAAGAGCUGAAUGUUUAGAGUGACGACAAUGUUCAAAUCAACAGCAUUGAUGGCACCGGGAGAUUCUCAUACACCACAGAAUGUCAAAUCGCACUUGUAAACUGGGGACAAUAAGGUUGCUGGGAAACGGUUCCUAGGAAACUAGGAACCAUAAGCAAGGUUGAUUGUUUUUAUUCAUUAAAGUUGACGGAGAUUAGUCAAAAGCUGAAAAAGACAAUCCCAUCAAAUGUAUGAUAAAAUGAAUGUCUGACUUUAAAGCAAUGGUUCAUUUUGAUGAUGCCAUAUGUUAUUUGUACAAGGAUCAUGUAUGAUAGGUGUUACCAAUAUUAUAACUGCAAAACGCAAAGAACCUACUAAAAAUGAGAACUUUGGCAGUUCUGUACAUUUAUGAAAAAAUAAGUUCGGGUCAGUUUAUGAUUUGCACGUAGCUCUAUAUGGCACUAUGCAAAUUUGAAUAUGUAUCAUACAUAUUGAUAUUAAU